UGUUUUGCUGUAAAUGUACACACGUAAUUUAUUUGACGUAGUUUCAUUUGGAUUUAAGAUCAAUAACUGAGUUCUCCCUCUCACGAAUUUCCCAACAUGGCCACUCAUCCUUCACAACUUGCAGUCGACAUGGAACUAAAAAAGGCUUUUCAAGAGAUGCAAUCAAAGAUGAUUGCAACAACACAGCAACUGAAGAUAUCAGAUGCCCAGAUUGAGACACUGAAGAGGACCAUGGCACACUCAAAACUGGUGGACUCAGAGAUCUCACAGCUCCCUGGGGGAAUUAGAGUGUAUGAGGGGGUGGGGAGGAUGUUUCUUCUUCAACCAUUGGAUGUUGUACGGUCAAAUCUUACAAAGAAAAUCAAAGCAUCUGAUGAGAAAAUUAAAACAAUAGAAAUUAACAAAGGCUAUCUGGAUAAAAGCCUGAAGGAAAGUGAAGACAGCUUGAGAGAGCUGGUGUUAUCAAAACAGCAAGGGAAAUAACUCCUACUGUCUUAAUGCAACAAAGACUGUUCACCCUCUUAUGAAACCAUCAUGUCUCUUGUGUUGUUCAUUGUGUUUUUUGUACCUCAUUUAUCUAUACAUAAUAUUAAAAAUAAAACAUAGCUCAUCGC